AUGAAGGUCAUCAUCCUCAAGGAUGGGACAGGGCCUCCAAGCCAACCAGAUAUGAGAAGAUGGGUUGAAGAAAUGUGCUUUGCAUUUGGAAUAGAAGGUGGUGAGGUUUAUGAUGGUUCUUGGCUCCUGUGGGAGUUCGUUCCACAGUCCUGGAACAAUCCUCAAGAAAAUCCUGUCUCCUGCACAGAUGAGCUUUCUCCUUAUUGUAAAGAGUUCCCGUGGGCCAGAGGAGUGGAGUUGUCAACUCUGGCCUUCAUCCCUGAGCGAUCCCUGAACGGUGCUCUGAUAUCACAGGGUGAUGCAGUGCUAGAAACCUAUAAGGUGCCCAGAUAUCACAGUGGGAUCAAAACCUCUCCCAACUGCCUGUUCUCUGUGAGAGUCAUACGAGCCAGGAACAUUGCCUCGAAAGACUUCUUUACUGCAUCUGAUUGCUACGUGAGCCUGUGGCUGCCAACAGCUUCAAAUAAAAAGGUCAAGACCAAAACCAUCAAGAAAACUGAUGACCCUGUCUGGAAUGAGACCUUUUACUUCAGGAUCCAGAAUGAGGUCAAGAAUAUCCUAGAAUUGACAGUCUAUGAUGAUGAUUUACUCACCAAAGAUGACCCACAAUUCACUGUUAUGUUUGAUGUUGCUAAAGUCAGGCCUGGAGAGGUAGCCUAUGAGAUAUUCUCUUCGAAAUCAGAGAAACAGGAGUCUCUGGAAGUGGAAUUCAAGAUGGAGCAAAUUCCUGGUCCUCCUGAGAAGCUCAUUACAAACGGUGUCCUAGUAUCGCGUGAAGUUUGCUGCUUAGAAGUUCAGGUGGACAAGGAGGAGAAUAAAAAGUAUUUGAAAGAGAAUAAAAACAUUGUGCUUACGGUGGAUGCAUCAUAUGAAGGAACACAGAAAACAACUAUGGACUUGGAUACUUUCCGCUUUCACUGCAUAAAGAGUUGGGAGCCAAUACUAAAAGCCAGGCUGCAGUGUGUUUCAGAUACAGAAGAGAAUGAAGACAAUUCGGAUGACUCCUUAACAAUACCCUUGACAUUACUUGCGGUGGGACAGAAAGUGAAAGUAGGCCUUCCUGUAGAAAAGGGUACAAAGUUGGAGCUGCAGGUCCAAGUAAAUGAUUGCCCAGAAACUCUAGAUGUGCGUUUAGGGUACAAUCUGUGUGAAGAGGAGCAAGAUUUCUUGCAGAAAAGGAAGAAGGUGGUUGCUAGUGCCUUGAAAAAGGUUCUUCAGCUGAGGAGAGAUCUGCAUGAGCAUGAGAUCCCAGUGAUAGCUGUCAUGGCAACAGGAGGAAGUGUCAGGGCAAUGUCAGCAAUGUAUGGCCACCUCUUAGGUCUCCAGAAGCUGAAUCUCUUGGACUGUGCUACAUAUCUCACUGGUACUUCUGGCUCAACAUGGACCAUGACCAACCUGUACAAAAAUAGUGACUGGUCACAGAAAACUCUGGAAGGGCCAAUCAGUCUAGCAAAGAAACAGGUGAUGAAGUGCAAGAUGAAUGUUAUUUCCAUGGAGCAUCUGAAGCAUUAUCACGAAGAGAUGAUUAAGAGGGCAAAAGAAGGACACAUGUCAUCUUUUACAGAGCUGUGGUCACUUGUUCAGGAAGCGUUUUUACAUGAUGAGGUAUAGGAGAGUAAACUGUCAGACCAGCGCAAGGCUGUGGAUCAGGGUCAGAACCCCUUGCCUCUCUAUGCAAUCCUCAACGUCAAAGCGGAACAAAUCAGCACUUUUAAAUUUAGAGAAUGGGUGGAGUUCUCACCUUACGAGGUGGGAUUUCAGAAAUACGGAGCCUUCAUUCGAUCAGAAAAUUUUGACAGUGAGUUCUUCAUGGGGAGGUUGGUGAAGAAGCUUCCAGAGUCUCGGAUCUGCUUUCUGGAAGGUAUCUGGACUAAUGUUUUUACUCGGAAUUUGCUGGAUGGCUUAUACUGGUCCUCAAAUUCAGAUGAAUUCUGGGACCACUGGGCCAAAGACAUGGUAGAUAUGGCUAGAGAAAAGAAUGCUUCUGAUGACUCUUCCAUUGUCAUCAAGUCUUCAUGUUCCACAUCAGGGAACCUUUGUGAAAUCUUUAAUGACAUUCUAACCACCCGCCCGCUACUUGAAGAGAGUCAUAACUUCUUGAGAGGCCUAGAAUUUUACAAGGACUAUCUCCAACAGAGAGGAUUUAUUGACUGGAAAGACACUGUGCUGGACGUAUCCCCUAACAAACUGACUCCACGGGAGAAACAUCUCUGCCUAAUAGAUGUUGGCUAUUUCAUUAACACCAGUUGCCCACCGCUUCUCAAGCCAGAGAGGAAUGUGGAUGUCAUCAUCUCACUUGAUUACUCGAUGGGCAAUAUGUUCCAGCAGCAAUUAGAGAUGACAUACAGAUAUUGCAAAAUGCAAGGAAUCCCAUUCCCCAAAAUUGAGCUGAGUGAGGAAGACAGGAAGAAUCCCAAGGAAUGUUACAUGUUUUCAGAGGCAGAGAACCCCAGAGCUCCCACAGUGCUCCACUUCCCAUUGGUGAACAACACUUUCAAGGAGUACAAGGAACCUGGGGUGAAGCGCAGUCCCUUGGAGAUGAAGGAUGGUGAUAUAAAUUUGACCAAUAACUCACCAUAUUAUUUUACAAAACUGAUGUACUCUGCUGAAGACUUUGACAAACUGGUGAAUCUGAGUAGCUACAACAUCCUCAAUAACAAAGACCUGAUUCUACAGUCCAUCCAGAGGGCUAUGGCAUGGAGGAGAACCAGCAUGAGUGGACGUUUACCCACCAGUUCUGAAGUUCAAUCUGCCUAG